UCCCCACGCCUGCCGCCGGGCGGAGCGGGCACCCUCGGGAGGAGAGGAGGGGCCGGCCGGCCCGGCGUCGCGUCCCCCAAAGCGCGUGUGCCCUGGUCCUGUUCUUUAUCUUCGGGGCAGGAAGACCCAACUUACCUGAGGCGGGGGCGUGGGGGGGAAAGGGCGGUCAGUUUCAGAUGUUUGAGAUGAAGAUUUGAUGGGACAGAAGUUUUACCAUCUAGGACUUUAACCUCGCUGUAAUGAAUGCAAUUGAGAUUACUUUUGUGGAAUAGCUCUUUUAUAUUACGGGAGGCCUUAGGGCUUACUUGUUUAUGGGAAAACACGUUGGUUAUUUAAAGUAAAUACACUCAAAUAACAGUAAAACUGGUUGAAAAACUAGUUAGCCCCUAAAACAGCAGUAUUUUAGGUUCUUGUACGUUUUAGUGGAGUCUCAAAUUUUAACUUGUACAUUUGAAACAUAAUUCUCCUCUUCUGAUUGUAUUAUUCAUUCAAAGUGUAUCGGUGUUGUGAAUAAUCGGUUUCACUUAUUUGUAUCUAGGGUCAGUUUCACUUCUUUUCUGUAUCAUUGAAUUAAGUCUACAGAGUUUUUUUUGUAAAAGUUUAAAGCAAAGUGAUUUGUUUCCUUACAAAUAAGUAAAAUCCAAGUUGUCUUUUUAAAGCUUGUGAGUUUUCAAAUGGAAAUGCAACAAGAAUGUGGGUUACAUUGUUUAUUAAGAAGUACAGGUAUAACAGUUUCUUUUUGCAUGUAUUUAUAUUUUUACCACAAUGUAUGUGGAGUGCCAUAAUGUUCAAAUAGCCAUAUGCUUAUUUUUUAAAAAUGAAAAAGAAUAAUGUAUUCUAGCAUUUGGUCACCACAAGGGAGAAAUACCAUAUAAGGGACAGCAUUUUAAGACUUUCAAGUAAAACAUUGUAAUUAAAGCAGGUACACUUAAUGGAAACAAUUGAGAAGUCACUUUGUCUCAUUCCUCCACACACAUCCAACCUUGAUUUUUGUACUUAGUUUUUUUCAAACAUGCUUUUGUAACUUUUUGUUUGUCUAUCAUCAGGAGGUGUUGAGAGAAAUUUAAACUUUUCAUUGAAGUAGUUGCUUAAAAGUCCUGAGAUUUAUUUCAGUAAUGUUUAGAAGCUUUACUGAGAGUAAAGAACAUGUAACAUCUGAAUCCUGAGCCCUACGCAACAUUGUUUGGCUUCCAGAAAGGUUUUCUCCAGCUUAAUACCUGAUGGUUUCAGGAGGUGAACAAUGACCACAGGUGACAAAGCUUCAGAAUCUUCAGACCCAUCAACCUGUCAGAACCAGCCUGGCAGUUCUGAGGCAGUCUCACCUGGAGACAUGGAGGCAGGUUCUGCCAGCUGGGGUACUGUGUCUUCAUUAAAUGAUGUUUCAAGUCACGCGCUUUCUUUAGGACCAGUACCUGGUGCUGUAGUUUAUUCAAGUUCACCUGUACCUGAAAAAUCAAAACCAUCACCACCAAAGGAUCAAGCUCUAGGUGAUGGCAUUGCUCCUCCAGAAAAAAUUCUUUUCCCAUCUGAGAAGAUUUGUCUUAAGUGGCAGCAAACUCAUAGAGUAGGAGCUGGGCUCCAGAAUUUGGGCAAUACCUGUUUUGCCAACGCAGCGCUGCAGUGUUUAACUUAUACACCACCACUUGCCAACUACAUGCUAUCACACGAACACUCCAAGACAUGUCAUGCAGAAGGAUUUUGUAUGAUGUGUACAAUGCAGGCUCAUAUCACACAAGUGCUGAACCAUCCUGGGGAUGUUAUUAAACCGAUGUUUGUCAUUAAUGAGAUGCGGCGCAUAGCUAGGCACUUCCGCUUUGGAAGCCAAGAAGAUGCCCAUGAAUUCCUUCAGCACACUGUUGAUGCUAUGCAAAAAGCAUGCUUGAAUGGCAGCAACAAAUUAGACAGACACACUCAGGCUACCACACUCGUUUGCCAGAUAUUUGGAGGAUACCUAAGAUCUAGAGUCAAAUGUUUAAAUUGCAAAGGUGUGUCAGAUACUUUUGAUCCAUAUCUCGACAUAACAUUGGAAAUAAAGGCUGCUCAGAGCGUUAAUAAGGCAUUGGAGCAGUUUGUGAAGCCGGAACAGCUCGAUGGAGAAAACUCGUACAAGUGCAGCAAGUGUAAAAAUAUGGUUCCAGCUUCGAAGAGGUUCACUAUACACAGAUCUUCUAAUGUUCUCACACUUUCUCUGAAACGUUUUGCAAAUUUUACUGGUGGAAAAAUUGCUAAGGAUGUGAAAUACCCUGAGUAUCUUGAUAUUCGACCGUAUAUGUCUCAGCCGAACGGAGAACCGAUCAUUUAUGAUUUGUAUGCAGUACUGGUACACACUGGUUUUAAUUGCCAUGCUGGCCAUUACUUCUGCUACAUAAAAGCUAGCAAUGACCUCUGGUACCAAAUGAAUGACUCCAUCGUAUCUAUCAGUGAUAUUAGAUCGGUACUCAGUCAACAAGCUUAUGUUCUCUUUUAUAUCAGGUCCCACGAUGUGAAAAUAGGAGGUGAACUUACUCAUUCCGCCCAUAGCCCUGGCCAGUCCUCUCCCCAGCCGGUGAUCAGCCAGCGGGUUGUCAGCAACACACAGGCAGCAUCCGGGUUCAUCGGACCACAGCUUCCUUCUCACAUGAUGAAGAACCCACCUCAUCUAAACGGGACAGGACCCUUGAAGGAAAUGCCGAGCAGCUCCAUGGCAAGUCCUAACGGGAAUUCCAGUGUCAGUAGGACUGGCCCUGUUAACGCCUCGACAUCUGUUCAGGACUGGCCGGUUAACAGGCCCUCAGUUAUUCCAGAACAUCCCAAGAAACAGAAAAUCACGAUCAGUAUUCACAGCAAGUUACCUGUGCAGAAAAUGCAGCCACAGCCUACUCUCCACAGCAGCUCUUCGGAGAGCGCUAACAAGCCCGCCCCCUCCUCUACCAUUACGACUUCUACUGCAAUACAGUCUACCUCGAGUGCCCCCGCGAUGCCCGCGUCUAGUAAGGUAACGAAGCAGAUCGCCCUGAGGGAGUCCUGCCCUGAGCCUGUGACGAACGGCAGGUCCAAGCUGAGCUCCGGCGUGCUGGUCCCCUAUGGCGCCGAGUCGUCCGAAGAGUCCGACGAGGAGGCGAAGGGCCUCGGCAAGGAGAACAGUCUCCGUCCCGCCGAGAGCGCGCGCGCCCCUGCUCCGCUUGCCGAAGAUGUCGGGGCCUCUCCGCACAAGCUCCGAGAGCCCGUGGCUCUAAAUGGUGCUACCAGUACGGACAGUGACCCGAAAGAAAACAGCCUACCCUCGGGUGCUGCCAGCUGCCACAUCCAGCCUGCCCUACACUCAGAAAACCCCUUUUCUAAGGCAAACAGUCUCCCUGGGAAGUUGAUGCCUGCUCCUUUGCCACUUCUCCCAGAAGACAAAAUCUUAGAGACCUUCAAACUCGGCAGCAAAGGGAAAGGCUCCACAGAUGAGAUGAGUACAACUGGGACAGAGGAGAGGCCUCUGCAGGACCCCAAGGCUGAGCUGGAGGCUGGCAGCUCCGCUCCCGAUUCCUGUGAGAACCUAGAGCUGGUCAUGAGCCUUAGCAGCAAAUUCAAGAAGGUUUUGUUGCCCUCAGACGCCAGCAUCAAACCUACCAAAGAAGAAGUCUCUGAAAACAUUUUGGCAAAACCCGAGGAGGCUUUGCCGAGUAUCAACACCUUUUGUAACACCAACAAGGAUACCCUCGGGGGUGACCAGCUUCCUAAACCGUGUGACCCAGGGAAUUUAACAAACGAUCAGAGCAAACCGUCCCAGGACGUGAAAGGGACGUCACCAGAGCGUCCCCAGGACCCGGCGGCAGCAGAAGCCGCGGGGAGGCUGAGCCCGAGCCCCUUGUCAGGUAUCGAGGGCGACUGUGAGCCUGAGCCCUUGGGUCACAGCAGUCGGGACAGAGGCACGGAUGUGGAGGGUCCCCCUAAAAGCACAGGGGUGUCCGCAGAUGGGGUGCCCUCUCCGCAAUUAGACAGGAUCGCAGAAAACCGUCCAGAGGGGGUCCCCGAGCAAAGUAACGGUGAGAGAGGUGAAGACAGUAAGGCCGGGCAGAAGGUCCAGGAGGCUUGUGCAGUGCAGGAAAAAACCAGCAGCCUCAGAAAGGUUGACCGAGGACAUUACCGCAGCCGAAAAGACCGAUCGUCCAGCGGCGAGCACGCGCGGGACAGCAGGAGCGGGACGGAGGAGCAGCCUCGCCGGAGGCGACCCCACCAUGAGUGGAAGCGGUGCCGGUCCGAGCGGCCCGAGCCCUGCGCCACGGCCCCGCACGCCCCCUGCCCCGGUUCCCUGGCCAGGUCCGGCCACCCGCGCUCCCGGAGCAUGGGGGCUCCCGACCAGGAGUGGGGCCGCUACCACCACGCUGAGGCCGAGCACGCCUGGGCCCGGGAGAACUACCCGGACGGGAUGCGCUGGGGGCGGUUCAGGUACCACCACGACAGGUACGCCUCGUACCCGGCCCGCGAGCCGUGGGAGUGGAGGCCCCUCCACGGCGAGCGAGAGUACGACCGAGCCGGGCCCUACAGCGGCCGGCCCCACAAGGACCACUACAGAGGCCGGAAGGGCCACGAGCCGGCGGCCAAAGAGAGGGACCGGCACCGCAUCAGCAGCCCCGGGGCGGGCCCGGCCCACACGCCCCCUCCACACCCUGCUGACAAGUACGCCCACGACAAGGCUGCACUGGGGGCUGAAGACAGAGGCUGUGACCUCGCCGGUCAGUUUCACGAACACAAAAACAUCAAGUCACGAAAACGGAGGUACAGUAGUGUAGGGGAUAAAGACAGCCACGUAGAAAAGAAAGCCUGGAGAAGCUUACAGAAGGAUCCUUUAGAGGGGCCUAAAGUGAAGAAGCACAAAAAAUCAAAGAAAAAGAAAUCCAAGGACAAACACCGAGAGCGGAAUUCCAGGCGGCAGCAGUACUCAGACCUUUUGGUAACGCACUCUGAUGCCGACCUGCACAACAGACACAAGAAGAAAAAGAAGAAGAAGAAAAAGAAGAAGCACUCAAAAUCAGAGAACUCGCUUAGAGAUUCAGAGCCACUCUUGCCCGAGGCCACCAGCUGUGAGACUGUGGACCAUUUCCAGGGAGCGGACAGCGCUUUCCCCCUCAUGGCCAGCCAGCCUCUGGAUGGUGUGGGACCUUGCCCUGAGAAAACAAAACAUUUCUGGAUGGAAACGAGGGAUGACAGGUGUCAUCUGUCUAAGUGUGGCCAGGGUGAUUGAAAACGUGGCUUCAAGACAAAAAAUUCACUGGUUACGAUUCAACGUGUUCAACAGAAGCCAUCCCCAACCCACAUUAAAUUACAAAUAGAGAAAAUAACUUGAAAUCUGCGUGGUGCUUCUUUAGUGUAAAUAGUGUAUAGAUUUUACCAUGGAGGACUUUUUUUUUUAGUUUUUACCUUUUCUUAAUUACCCUUAUUCCAAAUGGGUGAACACUUUCUACAACUGCUGACCAUUGUAAAAUACUGUGUAUAUAAACCACAUUGAAAAUAACGCCCUGGACUAGAACAUCUCAAAUGCUGCUUAAUCACAGACUCAGGUUGAUCACUCGUAUUCCAUGUAAUGCUCCUCCAAGUUAGACAUCCGGUGCAAGACCAACCGGGAAACCAUGGAAUUAUUAAAAGUACAAACUGACAGUGUGUAUAUUUAAUUUAAAAACUUAUUUAAAGAUUCACAAGCUCUCAACUAGACUUUUGAGAGCAGUCUGUUUUCUGUAAUGUCUGAUACUAGAAACUAAUUUGCUUCAUAUUUUAGUUGUAUUCAAGAUUUGAAGAUUUUAUAGACAAGUUCUGUUUUUGAACUUUGUGGAACUAUUCCAAUCAAUUUACCAGUUAUGAUGAGUAUUUACAUUAUGAAUGUAUAAUCGGAACAUUAUUUGUAAGGCCUACAGUAUGUUUUUAUUACAUAACACUUUUUUAUACAGUGUCUCUUGUCUUGACUAUGAUAUUGGAGUCUGAGUUGUCAGCUUGGUCCCUUAAAGUUUCUAGUUACAGACAAAAAUCAUACUGUGAUUUUAUUUUUAAUAUGGAUAUGCUAUCAAACUGUGAUACACUUAUAAUUCACUGGUCCUGCAUCAGGAGUUGGAGUGGGGAAAACUGUAUUUAAUACAGUUUGUAUCUGAAUAAUCUGUAUGGUUUAUACAGUUUGUGUUGUUCAGAGACGUCUAAAGUUUGAUCUUUGUUUUUUUAAAGAUUAAAAAAGCACUUGCCCCACUGUAAAUAUACAGCAUGUAAAAUUUAUAUAGUAUAUAAAUGGCAGCAAAUUAAACCUUUCGUGUCAUUUUUUA